AAACGCGGUAUCCGACGUCGCGCCGGCGGACGCGAAGUCCCCAUCGAACAUUCGUCGCUGACGCAGGAGAGCCUCUAGAAGAAUGCCAUCGAGGAAUAAAAGGCGUGGUGGCGACAAGCCAAGUUACAGCAUGGACGACAAUGAAGCAGGUUCUGCGUUGCAGGAGCGCUCAACGACCAGCCCCAUUUUACAUCGAUCGUUCCCGCGGGAGAAAUCGCCCACAUCUGCCACUGGACAACCGACUGUCCCAUCCAUGCCGCUCGCAUCACUCGUCCGUCCAUCGCUGGGCAUUCGCGUGCUUCCGUCAUCUGUUGUGGACGCAGCGAACCUGUUCAGUUUCGGUGACAUCUACUUAUCGGACUUGUCCAACUUGCGGCAAUUUGAAAUCGUCAAUCUACAAUCAUGCCCAGUCCGUGUGGAUAUGAAGGCGGACAUUCGGAAACCUUUCCUCGCGACGACAUGGGGCUUCCAGACGCACAAUGAGAACCUCAACCUUCUCCCAAUGGAUGACUGCGACCUGCAUGAGAACGAUCCGUUCACGCGAUCGCACUCCAAGUCGUCCAUUGCGUCGUCCACGACAGACACGACGUAUCUAGACGAAGGUUUCAACGAACUCUUCAACCAAAUGGGCCUCAUCGACUCCCUCGUCCUUCAACCGAACCAAGCGCAGCGCAUCAUCUUCUCCAUGUGCGUCAAAUUCGACACGAUGCCGUCGCAGACUUCCAUGUCGUCCGGGUUGUCCAGCAACCGCCCCACCGACGACUCGUCCGACGAUGAAAGACUUCACUUGCACGAAACGUCGUUGAUUGCGCUCACGGGGCGGCUGCUGUUCUCCACGACGGUGCUGGAUGCCAACAAUUCUGGAUCUGGCCAAGCUGGAGCACUGCCGACUCGUGCGCCGUCCGCUUCUUUGGCAGAGUCUACCACCACGAUUGCCGUGCCGCUCCAAGGCAACGUUUGUCGAUCGCUGCUUCGCCUCGACAUCAAAGAACUCCACUUUGACGACUGUGUGCCUGGUGGGUCGUACGUCAAGGACUUUACCGUGUGGAAUCGAUCGGAGAUCCCGCUCAUCUUCCGCCUCGUCACGUCGUCCGUGACUGCAACGGAGAAGCAGCUCCUGACGUGUUCCGACUACAACACGGGGUACGCGCUGGGGGAAAGCCCGUUUACGGUCGCCGCGUACAGCCACAUGCGAAUUCGCGUCACAUUUCGGCCGAUGGAGGUGGGAGAGCAAUUUUUUGAAAUUCUCGCCCAAAACAUGCACAAUUCACGCAAUGUGAAGACACUCAAAAUCCACGCCAUUGCGUCCAAGGAGCAUCAUCGCGAAGGGCUGUCCAUCCGAGACCCGAACGGGUCGUACCUGAUGGGCGGUGGCCUGUUGGACUUUGGCGACUGCUACACGGGGUUCCCCACGUCCAAGGUUCUUGUGCUGAAGAACAUGACGGAGGUCGCGCUGCACAUUGAGCUGUUGAGUGACCGCCCCAAGGAAGUCACGUUCGAGCUGAAACUCGCGCACACGAACCGCCACGCGAUGCGGUCGACGCGCUCUCGUAUGGGAUUUGGUUUGGACGAGCCGUUGAGUCCAUCGGAAACGGACCGCCGGCUAUCGCUGUCGCCGCCAACGUCGCCGGCCAAGAGCGGAAGUGUCGGGGGCCAGUUGUCCCCUUCGUCCGUGAUGCCAUCGUCGCCGACCAUGGGCGAAGGCGCUUUGGACAGUGACGACGAGCCGGACGAACCAGACGGAGACUUCCACGACGACGAGUCGGUGAUGUACACGCCCCGCAAACGCGGAUCGUUCGACGAUCAGCUGCUAAGUGAAGCGGACGAUAUUGACGACGACAUGGUGUUUGAUGGGGACAAAGGAGUGCCUGUACCGGUGGUGGCAUCGCCGAAAGACGAUGGGAGCAUCGUCAAAGCGAUAGCCAUGUCGACUCGUAUCAGGACAAAGCAGCGAUCGCUCCGGGCAUUGUCGAGGAUGAAAGAUUUGGUCGAAUCUGGCGUCGAAAGUGGAGCCAGUGUGUGCUCAUCGCCAGAGCGAAUGUCCAAGAAAAAGAUUCAAAGUGGAUCCAGUCGAACGUUGAAAGGUUUGUCGGUGGCGUCGUCGACGGCAGAAGGUGACCACGUCAACAACUAUUUGGUCGAAGCACUGGACCUGCCCCCAGGCGUGGAGCGCACCGUGUUGGUUUGGUACUGUCCUCCCUUGAAAGCGAUGGACGACGCACUGGACAUGAAGUGCUGCCGCCUGACCAAACAAAGCUUUCGGUUGAACUUUCGGUGUUACACGAUCGACGGUGGUGGCGCAGGAUGGACGGGUGGCGGGGCCACCCAGCGCAUGUACGAUCGCAGCCUCGGCAAGAGCCUGAACGUCGGCGCCCGCACGUGCACCUCGUACGUCACUCUGUCGCCGUCGACUCUUCACUUGGGCGAUUGCAAUAUUGGCGAGUUCAAGAGCAGUUCGCUGACGCUGACCAACCACUCGGAGCUACCCACGGUCGUCAAGCCGUCCGUCGUGUCCAAGGUGAUCUCGACCGUCCCGAACGACGCCAUCACCCUCGGGCCGAAACAGUCGAUGGAGCUCAAGAUUGAGAUCAUUCCACGCAAAACGAACCCCAACUACUCACGCAUCGUGUCGGUCGUGAACUUGAAAAACAAAGCCAACGUUGCCACCGUGUGCGUCCGGUCGAGCAACAUGGACGCGCACCACGUGAUCUACCACUCACUCUUUUACAAGCUCGUGACGCCGUCCAAGUCGGCAUUUCUCAACUUUGAGCACGUCGCUGCCAACUCGAUGGGCAUGAAGGUCUUCAUGCUUGAAAACAUAACCCACGCCCCGCUUCGUCUGCGGAUUCAGUCGAGCGACCUGUCCCGUCUCCAGCUCUACUGUGUAGCUGACGCCACGACCAAGUUGUCGACGACGCCGACGACUCUUGUGUCCCCUCCGUCGAUGAUCAACCUUCCACCCGCGGGCAAGGACGUGCGGGGAAAAUUGCCACUCCGGCGUCGUCGCUCCAUUGGCUGCGUGUCGGAACUCGUCCCGAAGCCAAAACCAGCAAUGUCGUCCACGCGCCUUGUCGAUAUUCUCAAGCGAAAGGGAUCCAAACCGUUGCUGGUGGACGAGCUCUUCGCGCCUCUGUCGAGUGGACAGCCUGCCGGCGCGGCCUUGAGCACAUCUGGACCAUCGACUGGUGCGACUCCAGUCAAGCGAGAGAUCGAAUACGUGGACGGCGUGAUCGUGCCCAGUGACAUGCAUGAGGUUCUCGGCCUUUUCGAGACCAAUUGGCGUUGGGACCAUGAAGAUGAAGUGGUGACGAUGGUGCGCGAGCGCGUCCGGCGCUUCCACGCCCUUGUGCAGGAGAAACAGAUUGUGCCGAUAUCGACCGCCACCGAAUGGAACUUGCGCAUUCCCCCCAAGCGAUCGUUCCCGAUCCUCGCCGUCUUCACGCCAAAAAUUGGCGAUGUCGUCGAAGACAAGACCCGCGUCGAAAAAUUCAAAGUCUACAUCACGCUCCCCGCGGGUGGCAACAAACCGAUUGGGAAACUCAACCACGACGCGUACGUGCACCACCCGUUCGACACGCGACCGUCGGUCCGAGAGCUCCUCCUCAAGUCCCGCGUGUGCCGCAGCGUCCUAAACGUGAACCAGAAGAACAUCAACUUUGGCCGAAUCACGACGUUCUCGAAGAGUUCCAAGAAGGUUUUGAUUCACAACGGGUCGGCGAUUCCGUUGAUCUAUAUGGUCGAAAAGACUGGGUCGAUUUCGUCCGGAUUCGUUGAAAUCAAGGACGGCGCCCAUGGCGUGAUCAAGCCGUUCGGCACGCGCCAAGUCCACUUUGAAUUCCAACCGACACUCGCUGGCCCGUUUGAAGAAAAACUCAAGAUCGUCAACGUCCAGGACGUGGAUAACUCGGUCUACAUCACGAUCAAGGCCAAAGUCGUGAAGCGGGAAACGUUCAAGCUGCCGCAAGCGGGCCAGCCCAUUAACGUGGGCACGUGCUUGGUUGGCGAAAAGAGUGAAGUGUUCAAAGUCACGAUCCGUAACAUGAGUCGCAAGAAGCGCGAGUACGUGAUUGAAGUCGAUCUGGCCGCAGGGUUCUCGGCGCCGUCGCUUCGCCCGACAUUCCAGUUCUCCAUGGAUGACGUCCCGGCGGCCAAUAUCACGCAAGCCCAAGAGAAGAAGCUCGACGAAGAACUCGAGAAGCUCGAACACAAGCUUCGCAUUGCCGUGACGAAGAAAAAGGACGACAAGAUCGACAAACUCAAUUCCAAGAUCACCCAUGUCAAGGCUUUGCUGAGUGGCGAAGAGGUCGCCGCUCCCGUCGCGCCCAAAGGCUUGCUGGCCCCCGCCGCCGGUGCUGCAUCGCUGUCCUCGUACGACAGUGGCAACAGCGACACCGAGAGUGAAACUGAAUCCAAAUACAACGCGAGGCGCAACAGCCGCAACAAAACGAUGGCGCUGCAUGCCGCGGCUGCGACGCAGCCCAAUAUUUUGCACUUUACGUUGGAACCCGAAGCGACGGGUCGCAUUGUCGGCGAAGUGAUAUUUCAGCAAGUUGCUGACCUCGCGACUCCGACUACCCAUGCCCCAAAACCAAACAUUCGCCAUCGCGGACAGCGCCGCAAGGGCAAGGCGGGGGCGUCUUCCGCACUUGGGGCUGUUCCAGUGUUUGGUCACGGCAAAUUUCUCUUUUACGAACAACAGAACAAAGACGUGAUGAAGGAACUCCAGUACAAAGCGGACGUGUUCCUGCGGACGCCAGCAGGGGAGGCGGCAUACUGCCGCACGACCAACAAGGCUCUUCUGCCACCCAUGCCGUCGUCGCUGAAGCAGAAACCAUGCCACCACGAGUUGAGCGUGGAGCUCAAGGGCGAUCAACUCGGAAGCACGAGAGGGAACAUGCUGCUGCUGCCAGUCGACGAAGCGCCUUGUGACACACCUGGAUGGAACGCCCACCUCCGCGUUCGAGAGCCCAUGCAAGUCGAGCUUCGUUGGGUCGCCACAGACGUGAUCCAGGACUUGAUUGUGUUCUCGGUGCAGGUGGCGGACCAAGAAGGACUUCAGCCGCAUCAAGCGUCCUCGCCAACGUUGCUGCCGAUCACGCUGAUGUUGGCGCCAGACUCGACUGUGACCGUGAUGUUUAAGUGGUCGUUUUCAGCAAAGUCGGGACAAGUUUCCAGCGCACCACUUGGUCAAGUCCUUCCACUCGACGUGCUUAGCAUGAACCCGAACGCUGACGUACCAGCCGGCCAACUCGUCUUUUCUAGCACGGGCUCGAAUGGGAGGGCUGUUGUGUCGUCAGCUCUGGACGUGGCCAUCGUGAAAUCCAAGCCGCGGUCGCUCCACGUCGACUCGGACCGCAUCGACUUGGGCGAACUGCAGCUUGGCACCCAAACCGCGUCGCACUUUUACAUUUGCAACGUGUCCAAGCACGCAAUCAAGUUUUUGAUCCUCGUGAGCUCGGAGGACCCAAGCCAACUCGCGAUCGACAACCCAACCGGUCGCAUCGAAGCGGGCGGGAAAACCAUGAUCAGGUUUACGUACACCGGCAUCGUGUCGGGCAAACGAUCCGAACACAUCCUCGUGCGCAACUUGAGCGACAAGCUCGACUUCACCACGCUCAGCGUCGUCGUGCGCGUGACUCGGCCCGUGUACGUCCGCAUUCCCGAGCUCGAUCCGCACAUGACGGGUCAACUCCUCGAUCUAAACAUUGGGCCGUGCUACGUCACGUCCGGCGAUGAAGGCGAGAACAACAGUAAGUUUAGCAAAGUCCGCAAGCUCACGUUGGACUCGCAAGUGACCGAAACGUUGCUCCUGAGCGCGUCGUCCAAUUUGAAGACGCAGUGCUACGUGUACCAAGACGCAGCUCUCCAGCACGAAGCCACCAACAUUAUCCUGCCUGGCAUGGAGAGUUUGGACCUGUUCAUUGCGUUCAGGCCACGACUUCCGGCGGACUCGUUCAAGACGGGGAUCGCGCGCAACCUCGUCGGGGGCAUCCGCAUUCAGCUCCACCGCGACAAGGAAGACGAGCGCACGCUGGCCGCGGAAUUCACGGUCAAAUUUGUCGGCGUCGCCGGCGCGAGCUUGGCGAGCGUGUCGUCGCGGCUGCUCGAUUUCGGGACCGAAACGAACGUGGGUCGCCUCACGCGUUGCAAGGUUCACGAAGGCAAGUUUGACCUUGUGAAUUUGAGCAAGUCCCUGCCGUUGCGGUACCGUCUGCGUGUGACCCAAGGCGACGAGUACUCGGACGACGACGGAAGCCUGCGGGUGGCGCUACGCCACGAAAAGGGCGACAUUCCUCCGGGCGAGAGCAGCGAAAUCGACUUUGGCGUGAUGGCGUACACCCACGGGUACUUUCGGCGCCGCAUCGUCGUCGAAAAUGUGUUCAAUCCGAUGAACGUCAAUAUGGUGGACGUCGUGCUGUUUGUCGACAACGGCACCGUCUCGAUCAAGACUGCGUCCGGCGGCGGCCUAGUCGACUUUGGCGACCUGCCCCUCGUCCGCGCGGACAAUCUGUUUGGCCCGCCGGCUCCGUCAACGUCGUUGGCAGAGGCGCACACCACGACCCGACGGCGGUAUCGAAUUUACCUUCACACGCCGCUCACCCGCACGAUAUCCGUGACAAAUCGAUCCGUGGCCGUCCUUCGAUUGCGACCUUUGAGCAACCUCCCACUCCAGUUUGUGUGGCAGGGGAAUUCAACCGACUGGCAGCCCUUUGCAAGGACCAUUGACGGCCACAACGCCCGUGAGUUGAACGCCUCCGCGUUGUCCACCUCGGACGUCGUGAUGCCAGCCACCAGUACUGACCACGCGAACCACCACAUGCUCUACUUUGGGGACGUUGGCACGUGCCCGCCCCAGUCGACAACGGAUCUCACUGUGUCGUUUGCGCCCGUCGCAAGCUCUCCGUCGUUGCCGCUCGAUGUGAUCGAGGCAGGUCACAACAUUCCUGCCCAUGGGUUCGUGGCGCUGCAGAGUUUCCAAGACCAGGACGAGUGCGGGACUGCCGAAGCGACGACGUUAGGACUUGUCCACGUGUCGGGCACGUUUGGCGAGUCCAACUUGUCGGUUCCGACGCGGACGGUGUUGCUGGGAAAGCUUGGAUAUGGCCAGCCCAAGACGUUUGAAGUGGAAGUGAAAAACUUGUCGGAGAUGCCAGGGCUGUUUUACGUGGGCGCGUUGCCGCCUUGCUUCCGCUUGGUGGACAUCCGCGAAGCAACCGCGCGGGCAUUUCAGCCUCGGCCACAACACGACGCAGCGUGGGCAAGUUCUGGAUCGACUUGUAUUCCACCGCUGAAGCAGUUGGCACAACGCGUGUGUGCCCCGAUUGCAUGGGAACUGGACGGCUACGACACUGCGACCCUCGAAAUCGAGUGUUUCCCAGAGUGCCUGACGGCCGGCAAGCACGAGCUCAGUUUUACAAUUGCAAACGUAAACAAUCCCCACAACGUCGAGCGCGUCGUCACCCAGCUGCAUGUGAUUGCCAAGUACAUUGACGUGUCGUUGGAGCCGAGUGGGGUGAACCCGUCCAAACCGAUGGAAACGUGCGUCGGGUACUUCGAGCCGCUGGUCGUGCCGUCCACGUCGUCGGUCGGGCUGCUCUGCACCCUCGUCAACGUGUUUGACGAGAGCGUCGACAUUCACCUGCAAUGCAACACGCUUGCCGACUUGGAGCAACUCUUGGACCUGGAAAUCGUGUCGCGGUCAUCCAAGACCCCUGUGACGUCUCUAACCCUGGCGCCGGCGGAGCGCGUCGACGUCCGCAUUACCUGUCGACUCGUGCAAGCGUCCCGAGUGGCGACCUUGCCCUUUUCCACGAUGAAAGGCAGCGACGGUGGCGCGUCUACAACGAACCGGUUCGACGACGCCGUGCCGUUGGGGGUGGUGUUGAUACGAGCGUGCUGCUCUGACGUGGUCCUGUCGUGUUCGGAGCGCAUUGAAGUCUAUGGGAGCUUUGUCCUGGGCCAAACAUUUACCGUGUCGACGGCAUCGCUGUCGUUUCAAGCGAGUGCGGUACACCACGAGAUGUCCCGCGUGUACCGAGUUCAUUCCGACGACAAGAGCGCGUUCACGAUCUACAACCCGUCGACGAAGGCACCGCUCGUGUUUUCGAUCGAAUCGACGCCCAAGCGAUUUUCCACGAGUCGGUUCUUGCUCGCAAAGGACAGCCCCGACAUCAUCACGGAUGUUCUCGUGGGCAAAUGCACCCCGGACCACGGCUGCCUGCCUCCUGGUGAAUCGUUGCAAGUCACGGUCGAGUUGGAGAGCGCGCCGCCCGCGCUUUCGUCCACCAAAAGCGGUGACGUCAAAAUCAUGCAAGUGAUUGUACGAGACAACGAUCAGUCCCAUGCCACGAUCGAUCUCGUGGUGAACUUGGACGAUACUCAGCCGUUGGAGUCGGACGCCCCUCGCUUCGGCGCUGUCGCGAUCAACUCGACGGCGUCGUCGAUGCCAUCCGCGCACAAGCGACGUCCGUCGGGACUGGUGUUGUCGAGCACCUCCUCGGCCGUUGGCGACUUGAUGUCGUCGAUGGCGCCGCCGUCGUCUGGUUUGUCCAAACCAUCUGCCGCCAAAUGUUCUCCUGCCGUCCUGCCUAGUGAAGCGUCGUUUGAGUGCACCACGGACGACGAGGAAGCGUCCCCAGACCCAUCGUCAGUGGCCACGUCCCCAUCGUACGACAAGAAAGCAUCCGACUUGAUUACCCUGCGGGGGUGCACGCCGGCCGAGAACUCAACGCUGGACAACGCUUUGUACGUGAUUGACGUGGGCCAGCACACUGUGCGCAGUGGCGGCGACGUCGAGUGGGAAAUCUCGCUCCACGUCGAGCGCGAGGUCGAGUACCGAUUGUACUUGGCCGAUUCAAAUGCAAAGGCGUGGCUCCACCUGAGCCGCACCCACGGGACAGUGGUCAACUUUCAAACGAUCGUGCUGCGGUUCGUCCGCGACGUGGUCGGCGUCUUUUCAACGUUUGUCGUGCUUGAAAAUUGCACCAACCCCACCGAUUUGAAGCUCAUUCGCGUCAAAUUGGAAGUCAUCGCAGACUUGAAUGCGCUGCGCGCCAUGUCCAAGGACAAAGCGGCCGACAACCUCUUCCGCGUGCUCGUGUCGUGCUACUCGAGCUCCAAGCGGCAGCGACGAAAGUCGAGCGAAGACCUCCUCGGCGGCGACAACGCGUCCGGCAAGCUCGAAAUCGAAUACGGCGACGUUUUUUACGACAAGCUGUACCACAACCACUCGCUGGUGCUGGAAAACUUUAGCAGCCUCUCGCUCGACUUUAUGCUGAGCAGCAACGGCCGCGCCCACGAAGUCGGGUUCUCGAUGUCUCCCAACUCGUUCAACGAAAUUUCAUCGGUCACGUUGGCCGCGUACGCUCGCCUCCAAGUAUUUCUCAACUUUCGGCCGGCACCACGGACACAAACCCCGGAAGCGCCUUCGAUCAGCUGGGUGCGCAACAUCGAAGUUUACAUCAACUGCCGCCUCGUCAAGGAUUUCCGCGAGACGGUGUUCCUGAAGGCCAUCUGCAACUACCCCCAAGUAAACCUCCACAUCGCACGGACGCAACCCACGGUGGGCCAUGCCGCUAGCUACCACGAACCUGCCGCGCCGUACUUUCCGUCGCAGCCGACGUUCUUGGGGAUGGGCUUCAUGGCCCCUGAAAGCGUCCUCGUUGGCGACGGCUGUGCAAUCGAGCCCAAGUUCCUCGUGAUGAAGAAUGCGCGACAGCAUGCCAACGCACACGUGGCGAUCCGCAACGACAGCAUGUUUUUUGAAGUUGUGGUGCACCACAUCUUCCGCGCUGCGACUGGCGCGCCCGACCCUGGCCACCACCACGCUUCGACCGGGAUGGUCAAGCUCGAGCCGAGCGACAUUGCCGUGUUCAAGAUCCGUCCCAACUUGGAACUUCUGCGCAAGAAUCGGCAGCAGUGGGAACAUAGCGUGAAGGAGCACAUUGCGUUCUACAACAUGAAGCAGUUCGCCGAACACUACCACGUGUCGCUGAGCUUCACCCCGAGCAACACGUCGAGCUUUUACGUGGCGCCGCAGCUGCGCGAAGCGUAUCCAUUCUCGACGCUGGAAGACACGAUUGCCAAGUUUCUACGCCAGUACAGCGGAUUCUGGAAGUGGUUGGCGACGGCAUUGACUGCCCAACAUGCGUCGUCCAUGCUGUUCGAUCUCGAAAACGCAAUCGACCAUGUCCUGCCCGUGAGCCCGCGGCACCACCCAACCACCCACGAAAACUUGACCUUUCACGACAACUUUGCCCAUGCCUACCGGGCCCUCUACUUUGACUUCUACUACAUCACGGACGAAUUGAUUUGGUAUGGGAUCCGAAGCAGCGCCGGUCGGCAUGCGAUCACCCUGGCGGAUUUGGUUUACGGCGUCGUGUUCGGCCACGAAGUGUUUGGAGCCAUCUUCAAUCGUCUCCGCGUCGAUGUGGUGGCGCCAACAACCGUCGCCUUUGCCAACCAGCGCCUCGACAUGCGGCGACUCCUGCUGCCAUGGACGCGUCAGCUCGGCUACUUUUUGAGCUUCUUCCCGGAAACUCAAGAGGCCACGCUCGCGCUGCGGCAGAUGUACGAGCCUCUCAAGCACUUCGACAUACAUAGGUAGUGUCCGGUGACGGUGAAAGGAGUCGACUCGACUGCUCUGUCGGAUGAAUACACAGAACUCUUAACGUAUCAAUUAACCAGGAGUUCGCACAUUAGCCCCAGUCUGCGAGGCCAUAGUGCGAGAAUACGUGCGGUGGCGCUGGCACCAUGGAGGGAGGGAGAGGUAGCGGGUGGGUGGACGCAUCAUCCGAGUUGACGGCGGUCCAGGGCAUGGAUGCGACUGUGGAGGGUGGUCGUUGGAAACGAUCAUACCAUUCUUUCACCUUCAUCUUGUGCAUGCGACCGCGCGUGUGCCGCCGACGCGACUCAGUCGUGUCCGUGAACGACUUGUGGCAGUACUCGCAUGUGUACCUCAAUUGGCCCAUCGGGAUGCAGAAUC